AUGAAAUUUUUACUUACUCUUAUUUCAAUUUAUUUUACACUUUUACUAUUUAAAUCUACUUUUGCUGAUGAUGAUAAGCUUUUUACAUGUGAAUGGGUACAUGAAAACGGAGAAAGUGGAUGGAAAUGUAAUGAUGGAGGAUUUUACGAUGAUGAUAUAAAAAUGUAUGUUGCUUAUGGAAAUGGUAGUUAUACGUCAUUAAAGAAAGUGGAACAUGACUAUGUCAAAGACCAUGUUGGUUGGUUAAUUGAUUUAAAAGAUAUAAAACAACGCAUUCUUGAAGAUAUUAAUCAUAAUAGGAAAAUACAUAAGGCAGCGGUUUUAACAGAAGACAAUAAACUUAAAAAUGAGGCUCAAGGAAUAGCUAAUAGACUUGCUCAAUCUGGAGAUGUAAAUGAUUCAUCUGUUCCCAAACAAAAUGGGGAAAGCCGUGCUUGUCUUGAUAGAAAAGAAAUUAUCAAUGUAGUUAAGAAUUGGUAUGAUCAAAGAAAAACAUAUAACUAUGAAUCUCCUGAUAGUAAUAAUGAAAAUAAAACAGGUGAUUUUUCACAAAUGGUUUGGGGGGAAUCGAAAUCUCUUGGAUGUGGUAUUGCAAACAAAAAUUCAACAUAUUGUAUUGUUUGUAAAUAUUCUCCACCAGGUAAUAUAAAAGGUCAGUAUUCAAAAAAUGUAAGAAAAGAUCAUGAUACUGUCACUGUUGACUUUAAAAACAACUAA